AUGCCCUUUCUACGAGAUUUAUCACUGAAAAGGAAUCAAAGAUUAAAUCAGUUACGAUCCCGCGUCAACCAGUCCAGGAAAACAAACGAAGGUGAGACUAGUGAUUUUGUAAGUUCGGACGUAUUAAAUGAACCUGUGAAUGACACCGUGGCUCAAACAGCGCAAGCUUCCAAAUCAUCGAAUAUUUUCGAGCAAAAAACUAUUGAGGAAAGAAAGCAAAAAGAAAGUCAUAAGCCAAUUAUCAUUGUCCAGAAAAAUGAGCACGAGCUAAGAAUCGAUAAGGUUUGCGAAACCAGCGAUCUCAAAGCUAAAUUGGCGCCUAGUAUGGAAAUGCUCGAGAAGAAAACUAAUGAAAAAAUUAAGGGAAUAAUAAGGAAAAAGAUACUGCAGGAACCCGACCGUGAUAAUAAUAACAGCAGUUGA